AUAAAAUGACAUCUAUCUUGUAGAUACGUAUGUCUAUAAAAGUAAUGGAGCACUUACUGGUGAUUUUGGGCGUAUUUUCUUUAAUUUGCACAUCAUUUUCACAGACUACUCAAAACAUAAACGUUUUACUUGUCAAUGAAGAGAACAACGCACUGGCUGAAAAAGCGUUUGAAGUUGCAAAGGAGUAUGUAAGGCGUAAUCCUAGUUUAGGGUUAGCAGUUGACCCGGUCAUUGUUGUGGGAAAUCGUACAGACGCUAAAGCAUUUUUAGAAAAUGUUUGCAGAAAAUACAAUGAUAUGCUGUCUGCGCAGAAAACUCCACACGUUGUACUAGACUUCACGAUGACCGGAGUUGGUUCAGAGACCAUAAAGUCGUUUACCGCAGCUCUAGCCUUACCUACAAUUUCUGGAUCUUUCGGACAGACUGGGGAUUUACGACAAUGGCGUACUCUCACCGCGAACCAAACGAAAUUCCUUCUGCAAAUUAUGCCCCCAGCAGACGUCCUGCCUGAAGCAAUUAGGGCGAUUGUAACUAAGCAAGAUAUCACAAAUGCUGCAAUUAUAUUUGACGAGUUCUUCGUUAUGGACCAUAAAUACAAAUCGCUACUCCAAAAUAUUCCUACGCGUCAUGUUAUUACUCCUGUUAAAAGCUUCAGCAAAGACGAAAUAAAGACUCAAUUAAGAAGUCUACGAGAGCUCGACAUAGUCAACUUUUUCGUUGUCGGAAGUUUGAGGACUAUCAAAAAUGUUUUAGACGCUGCUAACGAGAACCAGUAUUUUGGAAGAAAAACAGCUUGGUUCGCUUUAUCUUUAGACAAAGGAGAUAUUAGUUGUGGUUGCAAAGAUGCCACAAUUGUCUACAUGAGACCAACACCUGACGCUAAAAGCAGAGAACGUUUGGGGAAAAUAAAAACAACGUAUAGCAUGAAUGGCGAGCCCGAAAUCACUUCUGCGUUUUAUUUCGAUCUGUCUUUGAGAACAUUUUUAGCCAUCAAAUCAUUGCUGGAUUCUGGCAAGUGGCCAAACGACAUGAAAUAUAUCAGUUGUGACGAUUACGAUGGCAAGAAUACACCUAACAGGACCUUGGAUCUUAAAACCGCAUUUCAAGAGAUAAAAGAGACCCCUACAUAUGCUCCUUUUUAUAUACCGGAAGACGACCCGAUGAAUGGUAGAAGCUUUCUGGAAUUUAGCACAGAUUUGACAGCUGUGACCAUAAAAGAUGGGGCAUCUAUAGGCAGCAAGUCCUUAGGAUCGUGGAAGGCAGGUCUCUUGAACCCCUUAUCGCUAACCGAUCCUGAUAACAUGAGCGAUUAUACAGCGCAGUUGGUUUACAGAAUUGUGACCGUCGAGCAACAACCUUUCAUCAUCAGAGAUGACGAAGCCCCGAAAGGUUUCAAGGGUUAUUGUAUCGAUCUAAUAGAAGAGAUUCGUCAAAUCGUAAAAUUCGAUUAUGAAAUAACAUUGACACCUGAUGGCAAUUUCGGCACGAUGGACGAAAAUGGCAACUGGAACGGUAUAAUAAAGGAGUUGAUUGACAAAAGAGCCGACAUUGGUUUAACAUCUUUAUCAGUUAUGGCAGAGAGAGAGAAUGUAGUAGAUUUCACUGUUCCGUAUUAUGAUCUAGUUGGCAUUACAAUACUGAUGAAAUUGCCAAGGACUCCGACGUCGCUGUUUAAGUUCCUGACAGUUUUAGAGAACGAUGUAUGGCUGUCUAUCCUAGCUGCGUAUUUCUUUACGAGUUUCCUUAUGUGGGUCUUCGACAAGUGGAGUCCGUAUAGCUAUCAAAAUAACCGCGAGAAGUACAAAGAUGACGAGGAGAAGCGGGAGUUUACGUUGAAAGAGUGCUUAUGGUUUUGCAUGACUUCGCUUACUCCUCAGGGUGGGGGAGAGGCACCGAAGAAUCUUUCUGGACGUCUGUUGGCUGCUACUUGGUGGCUGUUUGGUUUCAUCAUCAUAGCGUCUUACACUGCAAACUUGGCUGCUUUCCUGACUGUAUCUCGUCUUGAUACACCCAUAGAGUCAUUGGAUGACUUAUCGAAGCAAUACAAAAUCCAAUAUGCGCCUCUCAACGGUUCGGCUGCAAUGACAUACUUCGAAAGAAUGGCUAAUAUCGAGGUGCGAUUUUAUGAGAUAUGGAAGGAAAUGAGCCUGAACGAUAGCUUAAGUGACGUGGAACGUGCUAAAUUAGCGGUAUGGGAUUAUCCUGUAUCUGAUAAAUACAGCAAAAUGUGGCAAGCCAUGAAGGAGGCUGGUCUCCCAAACUCGAUAGAUGAGGCUAUAGAUAGAGUACUGGCCUCGAAGAGCUCAAGUGAAGGGUUUGCUUGGCUUGGGGACGCAACUGACGUCAGAUAUCAUGUUCUAACAAGCUGUGACUUGCAAAUGGUUGGCGAUGAAUUUUCUAGGAAACCUUACGCGAUUGCAGUUCAGCAAGGAUCUCCUUUGAAAGACCAGUUUAAUAAUGCAAUAUUACAGCUCCUGAACAAGCGUAAACUGGAGAAACUGAAGGAAAACUGGUGGAACAAUAACCCUAAUGCCAUAAAAUGCGAGAAGCAGGACGACCAGUCCGAUGGAAUUUCCAUACAAAACAUCGGCGGCGUCUUCAUAGUCAUAUUCAUGGGCAUCGGCUUGGCUUGUAUCACUUUAGGGGUGGAGUAUUGGUGGUACAAGUGGAGGAAGCGACCAAUGAUUGGCGAUGUUACUCAGGUUGAACCAGCAAAAACGGUAAAAAACCAUACCGGAGCUGCAACUAAACAUGGCGAAGGAUUUACAUUUCGAUCAAGGAAUUUAGGUUUGGCUAAUUUGAAAUCAAAGUUUUAAUUAAUAUUUAUUUACAAUUCAAGAGGUAUUUUCAUGUGUUCCAUAAGAGAUGUGAUCUCAUUGUAUUUUUAAGUUACGAGACCUAUAAUUAAGUCGCUUUACUAAAUUUAUAUAUAGUUAUGUAACUUUUACUUCAAAAAUGUGUGAAGUAGAUAUUGCACUUAU